GCCUGCGUUACUGUUUGCGACACCAUUGAUUACUUACGUUGACGUCAUUCCUUGUGUCACUGGCGCGAACACGAGGCCGGAUAACUCGCGAUCUCGUUUUCGUUUGUGGAUUUCCUUGGUCCGCCUGCCGGCAGGCCAUCGGUUGCCAACCUCGCAUCGAUUCGGACUAGGACUGUGGGAAUUUGCGCAUGCUGUUGAUAUAGCCGGCAAAGGCUGUAGAGGAGAAAUUGGUCGAGUGGAAUGCCGGCACCUGAUCCGGAUUCUUUACCUCACCGGGGCUUUUUUAAAUGAAUCAAUAUCAAAAUGGGAGGAGUACCGGCCAACCGUCCGGUAUGGGGGUUACCGUUAGGAGGACGAGGGAACAAGCCGAUACCAGUGCAACUAGAGGAAUCACGACACCUUCCCCUGAGCCUCCGUCAAUAAGCCGGCGGCUUCAGGCGCCACCGGGGCUUCAGUCGAGGGACGGACAGAUCGGAAUGGCCAUAUCAAGACCGACACCAUUGGCCCAGUGGCCGCUUAGUGGACCUCUCGCGACGCCGACAUCAACAGACUCGGAGCCGUACCGGCCCCCUCCGGGAAGAUCUCAGCCGCCUCAACGCCCACCGCGACCCAGUAGGGUACCGUCGAUCCUCGACGCGUCUCGCAUCCAAGAGCACACACCGGUCUUUCAGUAUGCAUCCCAGGACAGCAGGGCGUCCGAGUUAUCGGCACCGGAAACUGUGCAAAGUAUGUCUUCGCGGCAAUCAACUAACUCUUCAGUCGGCUCGAUCCCGGACUUUCCAAUGCCGGUCGGUACCUCAUUGCCGCAAUCUAGGAGAAGCGUCACGCUGGGACCGCCUCCGUCCGCGAGGAGGGGAGCUUCGUCCUUUUAUUCAACCGCGUCGUUCGUCUCGCCGAUACCCGAAGAGAGUCCAAGAGCCCGGUCGCACACUUCUUACGCAUCUAGCGCCGCGAUACCCGAAAGUUUCGGAAGCCUGUCGCCGGGGUUCAGUAUAGGUGCAGCCGACGGCGACGACGCGAUAGCAGAGGAAUCCGUCAGCAGCGACGACGCGGACGAGCGAAGCUUAGUUCGGAGCGCUAGUAUUGGGAAGAGGGGGAAGCCGUCUCUGGUAACUACGGGGAGUUUCGAGAAGAGGAAUUCGACAUUAAGACCGGAACCAAAACCUGUCCAAAGCGGCCCUUUUCAAGGGGGUACCGGUUAUCUCGAUGCUUCUUCGAGUUCAUCAGAAAACGCCUCGAGAGAAGUCGUCGGGAACGCGCUGACGGCGGAUAGAAUGUUGAAUGCGUUUCAGGGAGCGAGUGCUACGGACCCCUCGUCGUUACGUGCGCCCGCUGUUUCGCCCUCACCAGUGCCGUCACCUAGACCGGCUAGGUUCUCCGCCAUUCGACGACCUCCACGCCUGGAUAUGGACGCAGUAAGAGCGGCUGAAGCGAGGGGCAGUUUGACAAGUUUACCGGAUUUGAUAAGGCGGGCAACUCGUCUGGCAGCGAUGAUGGAUAGAGGACGCAGGCCAGCGAGCCAUUUCGACGAUCUCGACUUCCCAGAAUACUACAGCAGGGAUCCUGAGAAGGACCCCCCUUAUGACCGCAGACAUCAGUCCGGGCUGUCCGAUAUGCUAGCGGCGUUUCCGCCCCCGGCGAGCCGAAGCGGGAACGGGGUACGGCAGAGUACACUCUCCUGGCCGCUUGUGCGCAGGUCCUUCCGUGCGCCUCCGGUGCCGACAAACGGCUCCGUCGACUCGGAGCAGCAACAAGAAAAGAAAGGUCGGCGCUGUUGCGGAUUGUCCAUAUGUACCGUCAUCGUAUUGCUCAUCAUCCUGCUAUGUAUCAUAGCUGCCGCCGUCGUGGUCCCCGUGAAAUUCCUCGUCAUCGAUAAACAAGCCGAGAGGAACACACCCCAGCCGGCUAUAGCGGACUGCAAGGCCCAACUGGAGUGUGCCAAUGGCGGCACAAACGUGGUGCUCCAAGGAAUCUGUUCAUGCAUAUGUUCCAACGGAUUCACGGGUGUCGAAUGUACAAUUCCUACUUCGCAAGGUUGUACAACGACGUCGAUUAGCACGGCGGAUUCUAGCUUCGACAACGUUACCAUCGGCCAGGCAAUACCCCGUCUCAUAAAAGACGCCGAGGCCAACUUCUCAAUUCCUCUCGUAGCCACGGUGAUACAGGCAAAAUUCAAUAGGGAAAAUCUUUCAUGCGUCACAGAGAACGCGCUAGUUACUUUUGGCGGACAGUCCCUCAGAACGCAGGACGCUUUUGCUGAGGUUUUCGAGUCAAGUUCCGACUCGGAUCUUGCCCAAGCCGCUAUAGCGGCAGCCGCCAUUCCGAUCACCCUUACGGUCCGUCCGGAUCUUGAGGUCACUUUCACAAUCGAGCCCCCAAAGGUUACUGGUGGGAUUUCGGCGAGUUUUAUCAUCACCACCCUGACAUCUCCGACUACGAUUUCUGGCUCUACGAUAUUUGCCACGACCUUGACAUCUGUUCACUCUAAACACACGUCCGCCACCCCCUACCCGACAUCUCCCCCAGCACCGCCGACUUCAACAACCACUACCACUACUGCGAGCCGCGCGAGCAGCACCAGCACGGAGACGCCGCAACCAACGGACACCUUCGUGGUGACCGAGGAAGUGGCCGACUUUGCUCGUGUAGCCGUCUUGUAUAUAUUCCAAGAAAAGACACUAAUCGAUGCCUCGGCGGCCCAGACAUCGAUCGAGGGCUUCUUCAGCGACGUGAACUCGAGGCGGAAUUCAAGUUCCGGAAUGGCAAUGGAGAGAGCAACGAAUCUUACCCUCGGCGGAGGAAAUACAAUCGAUCUUGUAAAUCUAUUCGUGGACCUGGGCACCGGUCAGAAGGUUGGUGGCGGUCGGCCGGGUUGAAUAAUUUCGGUCAACCGCCACUCGAGAUAUUUGCGUUUCAAAAAUCGACCUACCCUCAACAAGAUGACCAGUCAUCAACCAACCCUUUGCGGUACGAGAAAAUGAGCAAGCGAGCUUGCACGCACCCAAUACGGACCACCGCGGACUUCACGAACACUAGAGGGGUAGCUCCCUGAGCACUUGGGGAAUGAAGGACGGAGAUUCCAUCAUAUUUGUACAAAAUGCCUUGUAUUUCUGUCGAUUUGCACGCAUGAGCACUGCCGAAGAAGACCAGUAGUAGCAUGUUAUAGGGAUGACAUUUUAGCGUCGGCGUAGGUAAACGGAGUGGAGUGAGGUGAAGGGGGGGGGGGGGGGGGGGGACUUGGGU